GCAUACGACAGAUUGAUGAUAUGGAGCAGCGCAUGCAAGAUUUUGAUGCUAUGGAGCAGCGCAUGCGACAUUUUGAGGCCUUCAUGUCCUCUACAGGAUUAUCGUUCGUAUGCCCUGGUGCUCAGCAGUCUUCACCUGCACACGUCGGUAGUACGUCAUCUGUUAGUAGUGCGCCUGCAGGUAAUGCGACAACGGUUGGUCCGUUGUCGCCUUCUGGACAAUUGCUGAGCCAACAAUCCCCUCUCGGGACUCCUUCGCCCGUUACACCAUCUCUUGCGGGACAAUCGACAGUUGGCGAGCUCACGCCCGGGACUACACCUCGUGAUCCGCAGAGACGUCCUCCAGAUUUGUAGAUAUUUUGUGUAUUUUUUUUUUUUUUUUUAGUACCGAAUAACUUUAUUAAAUUAAGAAUCUCAAAUUUGUUGAUAUUGUUGUGUAAGUAGUUAUAUAUAGUAAUGAAUAUAUUUA